UGCCACCGCUCGCCUGGUUCACCCGUGUUUCCUCGUUUACUACAGAGAGGACCUGCCCUUCCGUGUUCAGUUCUGAAUCGACCAAUUUGAUUGGAUCCGACUGAGCUGUCAGAAACAAUAGCCGUGUAAAGCGAAACUUAAUCUUUUGUAAAAACAGAAUAUGGUGGUAUGGGGCAGUCUGGCAGCAAAAUGGAAAGUCACACCAAAGGCAACAAUGAUAAGUUUCCAUCUGCACUGACAGAUAAAAGUGGAUUCCAGUCCGUGAGGCAAACAGUCUACUGGUUGUCUGGAUUUUUGUGGCAGACAUUGGAAGGACGGCUAAUACUAGGAGUUGGAUUUGUACUUGGUCUGUUUUUUAUCCGAAAGCCAUAUGUUUACAUAGGGCGGUUUUUGAAACAUUACAAAGGAUGUUUCCCAGGGAUGACCAAAAAAAGUCUUAGUGUAACCCCAGCAAUGGACCUACUAGAAUACUGUGAACUGGAAUGGAAAGGAUUGACACCUCAUGCUGAUCAAAUAAAGAAGGCCUAUGGAGAAAUCUACAGGGUACAUAAUAUUAGGUACAUUUGCAGAGUUCGUGGAGACAACUACUGUGCAUUGAGAGCGACACUGUUUCAGGUGCUCAGCAAUGGCAUACCCUUUCCAUCCUGGAUGAAAGAGCAAGAUAUCACAAAGCUCCCUGAGAAGCUGUUUUACUCACAAGGAUGCAACUGGAUACAGCAGUACAGCUUCGGACCAGAAAAAUACACAGGACCAAAAGCUUUUUAUAAGCUACGUAAAUGCGUAGACAUGUUGAAGUUUCAGUGGGGUGAUAUUUAUGGACUCAAGGAUAAGAAGGCACGUGAAAAGGCCUGCAACCUCCUGUUCAUGGAUGAAGCAAGCGAGUACAAGAUGUACGAGGCAGUGAAAUUCCUCAUGCUCUACCUGGCCAUUGAGAUGUUUGAGGGGAUGAGGCAUGGGCAAGAUGUCCCCAAUUUCUGUGCAGUCCUUUUCUCAAGGGACACAUCUUUAGACCCUUUUAGCUUCAUGCUAAACCACUUGAACACCAUUGGUGACUCUGGUGGACUUGAGCAGAUUGAGAUGUUUCUUCUUGGAUACACAUUAGAGCUGCAAAUCCAAACCUUCAGACUGUACAAGUAUGGCACAGAGGAAUUUGAAGUUAGUUUCACUGAUGUAUGUGGGAGGGACUGGCACAAGAUCACCCUCCUGACAGAGGAUGACAGACAUUAUAACAUACCUGUUACCCACCAAUAGGUAGAAAUUGAAACCACAAGAGCCUCUGAGUAAGUCAGGUUUGGUGCCGGUGAUAAUCAAUAUUGAGUCAUGUCGGAGUGGGUCACAGCCCUGUUUGUUUUUUGAGUUGUUUAAUAUUCUGGUUCUAUAAACAUUUCCUUGGGGACAGCACUUCCUGCUAGGUACAGUAGCAACCACAUAAUGUAUGAAUCUUUUUUUGACAAAUCUUCAUAGGACUAUGAAGUUAUAAUGUAUAUAUUUGGAAAGGAGAGUGUACAAAAAUUGUUAAAUAUUUUAAAUAAAACACAGGUGAUGCACUUGAGUUAAGGGUAGUAAUACUAAAUUAAUAGUGUCCAAUUUGAUUUGAACUUUUUUUUGAUCUAAUAACUACAACUGAGUGUCACAUACUCCAGCAGUGAGUGUGUCAUUGAAUCCAAGCCCUUGCUGUUAAAAGCAUCUCUAAUGGGAAUGAUCUUUUGGUCAGAAGGUCUGCUGUGAUGCAGUAUAUUAUAGUGUGAGGCACACUACUCAGAGAGCCAUAAAGAACAGGUACUAAUUAACCUUUCCUAUCAGCCUCCUGCUUAGGUGCUGUAGUGAGGGAGAAAAACAGUCGGAUAUAUGAUUGGAGUUUUAGACAACUGGGUCCAUUCAAUUUAUCUAAACAGUGGCGUAUCUAAAAAACUGCUACUCAAGUUACUGACAUUAGUUUUGAAAAUCAAACGGCUAACAGUGCAUGUGCUUCUCUGUCUGUAAAAAUAUGUACAAUAGCAGGGAGGGUCACACAGCAUUUAGUUGUUUAAUGGAUAGCGGUAGAUCUGCCACAAUUUAGAUCAUUUGAAUGGAGCCCAAUAUGUUGCAUCACGCAUGAAUAUUAUUUGAGAUUUUAUUCGAAGAGUUCUGUGGUGGAAAGCUUCCAAUCCCCUUUAUAAAUGUUAAUGGUCCAUAUUUGACUUUUACAUUUAAAUAUGCAAAAAAAAAAAAAAAAAUCUCAGGGGCCACAAGGCAUUUAAUCCCAGUGACAGGUUAAUAGACUUUGAAGCUUUUAAUUGGAAUUCAUCAGCCCAUAAAUUUUCUUGGGGUUAUAGACCAGUGCUUACUCUGUGCACUGUGGAAGUGGCGGAUGGUAUUUUAUUUUAUUUUCUGUAAAAAAUGUUUUCUUUUUUUAAUGUUAAUUAAUUUUAAUCAUAUAAGGGAAUAAUAUGAAAAAUAUAAACCGCAACAUGGCGUGCAUUGUUGCGAUUAAGGGUGUGUCUUGGUGCCCUGUGAGGCUGUGAGGCCCACAUGCCCACAUGCCUUAAACUACAGAGUGCCAAAUUGAGAGAUUUUUACAGGCUUGCGAUGUCAGAUGGUCAGAUGGUCAUAAAAAUAAUUCUGGUUUAUAAUUUACAACAAUGCACGUCUUUUAUUAGCUAAUUGCUACUGUUUUCAAGAUUUUCUUUUUUUUUUUAAUGAUUUUAGUUAUUUUCAUGUAUUUUCUAAUUUCAUCUUGUGUCAGAAAAAAAGAAACUGAAAGUUCCAGCUUUUCUGAAACUAAAAAUCGCUCAUUAAAUACACUCCAUGACAUUUUUGUCUCAUUAGAGACCAAAUCUACUACAUUACCAAAACAUACAUUUACUUUUUUUUUUUUUUUUACUAGUGUACAUUAAAACCAUGUUUACCCUUUAUUGACACGUUAGCACACAUUUGAAUGUUUAUGUAAAUGUUCCUAUAGUGCAUGUCACUGUAUUGUUUCUUUUUUUACCAACUGCAUUUAAUCAGAUGUAAUAUAUUACAACUGUUUGCUUUCACGCUUGGUAACAGAAUAAAUGUGUGCUGUAUUGCUCA